UUCAUCUGAUCACACAGGUUUGACCUUUUUGACCUAUCUCUGACUCCUUCGCUGGCCAUCCAUCUUCUCGCUUCUCUGUCUCUCUCUGGUUAUAAAACAAUUCAAAAAGAUCCCAAAAAAUGGAAACCCAGCAAUAAUCAGAGAAUCGCUAUGCGUCUUCUCCCCGCCGGAGACUGAUAAACAGAAAGUAAGCGCCGGAUAGAGGAGCUUCAGUUCAUGGCGAUGCCGCUUGUUCCUCCAACUCCGAGCCAAUCGACUGCGGCGGGAGGGACGUCGUCGUCGUCGUUCCGCGGCAGGAUUGGCGCGACUGAUUUUCCGCGGAGGAGGAGGAGAUUGAGCUUGAGCGGUGGCGGGGAGAGGAAUUGGAACUCGCGUGUUAGAAUUUCUGCGGAGAGGAGCGGCGAAGCGGCGGAUAGAAGCGGCGGAGUUGGUGGAGGUGGAGGAGUUGGAGCAGGCGGAGGUUUCGCGGGAGGCGCGAUGGAGGUUACGACGACAUUCGACCGGAGCUACGGCGAGGCCGAGUUCCCCGUUUGGGAUAAGAUUGGUGCCGUGGUUCGGCUGAGUUACGGAAUCGGUAUAUAUGGCGCAAUGGGUUUAGCAGGAAGGUUCAUUUGCUCGUUCACUGGGAUUGAUAGCAUGGGAGGUUUCGAUCCAACGUUGGAUGCUAUUCUUGGAGGGCUUGGAUAUUCAGCUCCUCCAAUUAUGGCUCUCCUAUUUAUAUUGGAUGAUGAAGUAGUGAAGGUUUCUCCUCAUGCUCGGGCCAUUAGGGAUGUGGAGGAUGAGGAGCUUAGGAACUUCUUCUAUGGAAUGUCACCAUGGCAGUUUGUUCUAAUUGUUGCUGCAAGUUCGGUGGGCGAGGAGCUUUUCUACAGGGCUGCUGUGCAGGGAGCUUUGGCUGACUUGUUUAUAAAGAGUGCAAGUAUGGCGACAAAUGCUCAAGGAAUGGCGUCUUUGGCUGGCGUACUGCCUCCACUAGUUCCAUUUGCCCAGGCCUUCGCAGCUGCAGUCACUGCUGCUCUCACCGGUGUCCUAUAUUUUGUCGCCUCGUCCCCUAAAGAUCCAACUUAUGUGGUUGCUCCAGUUCUGCCAUCCCGCUCGGGCCGUGAGGAUCUCAAAAGACUCUUUGCAGCCUGGUACGAGAGGAGGCAAAUGAGGAAGAUCUACUCGCCCUUACUCGAAGGGCUCUUGUCUCUCUACCUCGGCUACGAAUGGAUCCAGACGAACAAUAUUCUUGCACCCAUGAUCACCCACGGGAUAUACUCGACGGUGGUUUUGGGGCAUGGGUUGUGGAAGAUACACGAACACCGGAGAAAACUACGCCAUAGAAUCCUGCAGCUUAAAUCGGAGAGAGGGAGAAUCCAAUGAUGGGAAAGAACUGAAAAAAUGUAUAGCAUAUGUUCCUGGGCAUUAUUAGGUAUAUAUCCCUUUGUAAAGAAAAG